AUGGAAGGCGAAGACAUUGUAUUCAUUGAGAACGUAUCUUCUACCCUCAUCGCAUCAUCCCGCGAGCCUUCGAACGAACCAUAUCGAUCUGAAGCCACAAUCCGGAGCAACGCGAAUCGCACUCCACCGUCUACCUUCCGCGGACCUCUACCAUCAGUCGAGUCUCCCAAAGACGUUGCUGCGCUCCCGGGUUCGCAAGGCGCCAUGAAUGUCAGUAAGAAUCCAACCGAGGCACUGUUCGGAAGGUGUCAGCCUGGUGAAUCUACAGAACAUGAGGCUGAGAUGGUGGACUCUUUCAACAAGAUGGGUUUCCCUUAUAUCUCGGGACCUCCGGUUCAAACAAAACCCGGCCUUCCGGGUUUGGAGAAGAAUUGCCCUCCAUUGGCAUCCCCACCACCUCCACCCCCGCCGCCUCCGCCACCUCCGGGCGUGCCGCCCUUCUUUAGCGUGACCGGCAUGGCUCCUCCCGCCCCAUUCCCACCGCCACCACCACCCCCACCACCUGAGCCGUCCCCCGGCCUCUUGGUGACGUCUUUCAUUCCUCCAAUAGAAACCGACACGCCGAACCAGUUCAUUCAAGUACAAUAUUCUAGCGAGUCCAUCUCCGACUUUGCAAGCCGCGUAAUCCGCAUCGGGCCCUUUCGACGCAAUGUCUUGAUGACAAGGCAUCCGGCUCAUGUGGCGGAUUACAAGGAGUUUGAGUGGCUUCUGAAACAUGGCAGUUCUGAGAUCUGGUACGAGAAGCCUACCAAAGCGCAUCUCCGAAGUAUCAGGACGCUCGAGGCGAACCGAUGGGCGCCGGACGAGUUACUUCCCCUACUCAACGCACGGCCAGUGAGCCUAGAAACGCCCAAGGUAUGGGCAUCAGCGGCUAUGACGACACCAACAGACGAUGACAUAUUUGAAUGUGCUGCUGGACAUGCCGUUGAUGAUGGCUAUGCUGGGACAUGUCAUGAGUGUACUGACGCAAAGUCUGAAGCCCUUGAGAGCACUCCGCUCGUCUACUGCCUAGUCUUCAGCACUUGUCAAGCUAGCGAUCCGUUCAUUCAUGGUGCCCACUUCAACGGCCGCCAGAUCUACAAGCUCGUCAAAUGCGGUAGUCGCGAGGCUGCCGUUGCGGAAGCGUUCUAUGCGGCUGGAGUCAAUGGUUGGAGUCUAGCUUUCAGCUGCGUUAUGAAGCUAGGUGAAGACUUCGAAGAAAGAUCUGGCACAGCCAAGAAGGUUAAUGAGCUAUGGAUGUUGGCCGAAGAAGUGGAUGACGAAAAGACUAUCAAAGUCUUCUACUAA